GCAAGGGGAGAGCCAAUUGCACAGAGCCUUGCGGCCAGCAGUCCCGGGAGAAGUGGUGAAUGUCAUGGAGCCCAGCUGAAAUGGACUGGCCCCCUUGAGCCUGUCCCAAGCCCUGGUGCCAGGUGUCCAUCCCAGUGCUGAGAUGAGUUUUGAUCAUCCUGAGAAAAAUGGGCCUUGGCCUCCAGACCCAAUAAAUCUUCCCUCCCAUGGAGAAUAGUGCUAAUUCCUGAGGACCUGAAGGGCCUGCAGCCCCUGGGGGAUUAACCAGAAGCAGGCUUGUUUUCCUGCUCAGAACAAAGUGGCUUCCCUGAACACAUCUUCAUUAUGAUUCACACCAACUUGAAGAAGAAGUUCAGCUGCUGUGUCCUGGUCUUUCUUCUGUUUGCAGUCAUCUGUGUGUGGAAGGAAAAGAAGAAAGGGAGUUACUAUGAUUCCUUUAAAUUGCAAACCAAGGAAUUCCAGGUGUUGAAGAGUCUGGGGAAAUUGGCCAUGGGGUCUGAUUCCCAGUCUGUAUCCUCAAGCAGCACCCAGGACCCCCACAGGGGCCGCCAGGCCCUCGGCAGUCUCAGAGACAUACCCAAGGCCAAACCAGAGGCCUUCUUCCAGGUGUGGAACAAGGACAGCUCUUCCAAAAACCUUAUCCCUAGGCUGCAAAAGAUCUGGAAGAAUUACCUAAGCAUGAACAAGUACAAAGUGUCCUACAAGGGGCCAGGACCAGGCAUCAAGUUCAGUGCAGAGGCCCUGCGCUGCCACCUCCGGGACCACGUGAAUGUAUCCAUGGUAGAGGCCACAGAUUUUCCCUUCAAUACCUCUGAAUGGGAGGGUUAUCUGCCCAAGGACAAUAUUAGGACCAAGGCUGGGCCUUGGGGCAGGUGUGCUGUUGUGUCAUCAGCGGGAUCUCUGAAGUCCUCCCAACUAGGCAGAGAAAUCGAUGAUCAUGACGCAGUCCUAAGGUUUAAUGGGGCACCCACAGCCAACUUCCAGCAAGAUGUGGGCACAAAAACUACCAUUCGCCUGAUGAACUCUCAGUUGGUUACCACAGAGAAGCGCUUCCUCAAAGACAGUUUGUACAAUGAAGGAAUCCUAAUCGUAUGGGACCCAUCUGUAUACCAUUCAGAUAUCCCAAAGUGGUACCAGAAUCCGGAUUAUAAUUUCUUUAAUAACUACAAGAGUUAUCGUAAGCUGCACCCCGAUCAGCCCUUUUACAUCCUCAAGCCCCAGAUGCCUUGGGAGUUGUGGGACAUUCUUCAAGAAAUCUCCCCAGAAGAGAUUCAGCCAAACCCCCCAUCCUCUGGGAUGCUUGGUAUCAUCAUCAUGAUGACCCUGUGUGACCAGGUGGAUAUUUAUGAGUUCCUCCCAUCCAAGCGCAAGACCGACGUGUGCUACUACUACCAGAAGUUCUUCGAUAGUGCCUGCACGAUGGGCGCCUACCACCCACUGCUCUAUGAGAAGAAUUUGGUGAAGCAUCUCAACCAGGGCACAGAUGAGGACAUCUACCUGCUUGGAAAAGCCACACUGCCUGGCUUCCGGACCAUUCACUGCUAAGCACAGGCUCUUCACUCUUCUCCAUCAGGCAUUAAAUGGAUGGUCUCUUGGCCACCCCAGCCUGGGAAGAACAUUUUCCUGAGCAAUUCCAGCCUGUUCCUUUUCCUCUAGGGGCCUCUGUCAGCAAGAGCACUGGGGCUUCAGGAGCCUGUGGUCAAGAAAUCAGGUCCAGCCUUCUCUGUAGCCAGGCAGUUUAUGAGCCCAGAGCUUCCCGCCACACACAUGCACACGUCUAGCAUUCUUUCCAGACAGCAACCUCCCCACCUUCCACCGUGGUAGAUGCAAGAUCUGCCUCCCCCAUCAGGGCUGCCAAAGCUGGGCUUUGUUUUUCCCAACAGAAUGAUGCCAUUCUCACAAACCAAAGCUCUAUAUUGCUUGAAGUCUGCAUCUAAAUAUUGAUUUCAUGUUUUAAAGAAAUUCUCCCAAAUUACAAUUGUGCCCAAUGGAGGGUGGCUCUGGGGGGCAAGUAGGUGGUACAGGGGAUUGGAAACAUGCUCCGUGCAUCCAGAAAAAAAGUUGCUUCUGAGGUCCAUGCCCCUGGAACAUGUUCCUAUCACUCUGGCUGGUUAGGCUGGCCCUUAGACUGGGUGCUUGUGAGCAAAGGGGCCUUGGUUAGCCCACUUUCCCUCUCCAUGUGGAGACGGAAGGUAGAGAAGGGUACAGUGUCUGUCCUCGAGUUGCUACAGUUCAGUGAGAGAGGCAGACAUGUGAACAGGCAGAUAGGAUUCAGUGUGCUCAGUGCACUGGGGAUCUGUAGAGAGAUGGGCUUGCUCUCUGUGCACCCAGGAGGGCCACGCACUUAAACUGUGUGUGUGGAUCAGAGAAGGCUUUAGAGCACGGCGGGCACUCAGAUGAGUCUUAGAGGAAGAGAAGAAACAUGACAAGCAGAUUACAUCUGAGCCAUUUGAGUUGCAUUUUUCUUUCUUCCCAUAUUUACUUUCUAAGAUCUACCUGAACUUAGAGACCCAAGAUAUUUUUUUAGGAAACCUCCUACCCAUGUCUGAGGUAGCAAGUGCAGCCUCAUGACACAUACGAGGCAUUGCAGAUCCCCGAAACCUGAUUUCUCCAGGCUCUGCCUGGCCUGACCCUGUCCUGUCAGCUGGGUUUGCAUACCACAGUCCCAUUCUUCCUUUUCAAUACCUACCCCCAAAUCUCCUCCUAACCACUAUCUGUUUUUU